AUGGUUAAGAUUGGUGUCGCACAAACUGGUCGAAGUUCAGAAAGGAUUGUAAGAACAAUGCUACGUCCUAUUUGCUCAUUUGAUAAAGAAAACAACCUUCUCUUGAUACGACUAUUUGAUUGCCCAGGAAUGCUUGAACACAGAGGCAUAGGUUUAGAAGAAAUGAAAUUUAUCAUUAAAGGGAAUACUAAGCCAAAAUCAAUAAUUAAAUCAGCAUUGGAGAUGAAAGAAGACAAAGAUAUUUAUCGUGAUAAUCCCACUAAAAACGACAUGAUGCACGUUGUUGUCUUUGUGUUAAGAUGUGACAAAACGUUCAACUGUGAACAACAGGUUGCUGAUAUUCAGGAGCUACUUGACCCGCUUGGAAUUCCUUUCCUCAUUCUAUACACUGCUGUGGAUAAGAUUGAUGGUGUCACUGAUGAAGUGGAAAGAGUAUUUCAAAAUGGUAUCGUGAAAAGAAAGUGUGAAGAACUGUCAAAGUUACUCAAUAUUGACCAGAAAUACAUUUUGCCUAUGUCAAACUACCACGACGAUGCCUUUCCUAGACCAUCAAAGAACGCUUUAGCUCUGUACAACCUGUUUCAGAUGGUUUGUGCAGCUUAUGACAACUUAAACCAACCUGAAAACGUUCCUUCAGAUUUCUUCAAAUAGCAUAACAGGUUGUGUUUUGUUGUGUAAAUCUGAAACAAUUGAAUACAAGAAUAGCU